AUGGAGGAGUCGAAGGCGGCACUGCGGGACGCCGUGGCUGCCAUGGACCUGGAGCACUCCGCCGCAGAGGCCGAAAAGCAGCUUGAACAAUUGGGCAUCGUUUUGAAGGAUCUGGAGGAGAGCUUCACAAAAUCAUCUGGACCUGGAGGGCAGAAUGUCAACAAGGUUGAGACGGCUGUGCGCUUGCGACAUGGCCCUUCUGGACUGGAGGUGAAGGCGCAGAGUCAUCGAACUCAGCUGGAGAACCGUGUCUCCGCUCGCCGCCGGCUGGCCGAGCUGUCCGGAGCAGAUCAACGUGCCAAGCGCAUCCGGAGCAACAAAGCGCGCCGAGCGCGGCGACGAAAGAAAAAAGAGGAGGCAGGCAACCACGACCUGGAACGUGGAGAGGCCGAUCUGGAGGCCUUGGCGGUAGAUGCUCUCACAGAGCUGGGAUUCAAGGACACUGAGCCGGUGGGCUCUGGGAAGAUUUUGGAUCCAGCGGCACCCUUGGUGCUGAGAUGUGUGGACAGAUGGGUUUCUGAGAUCGCAAGCCACUUCUCAGAGGCGGAUGCCGCGACCGAGCUCCCCAUGCCAAUCCACAUGCCAUCAGACAGGUACUUGGAUGGGCUGGAUGAGGAAACUCGAGCAGCUGUCAUCAAGAGAUAUAUUCCUGAAGAGCCUUUUGGCGGCACCGGAGUGAUAUCAAAUGCAACAGAUUGCUUUGAGCUCAUGAAGAAGUGGGAGGAGGCGGAGUCUGCAAGGAUGACUAUUUGUUUAGUCUGUCGUGUUUAG